UAGACUUUGAAACCUAAAAAAAUCGCAACUCCGCUACUCCCGAACCUGCGACGAUAGUUCUACUUGCGGCUUAAAGAGCCAUGAUGUGACGCCUUUGCUAUGUCGGGUCUAAUUAAGCGUAAAGGAAGCGCCGUCUUUCGUUCUCAAACCCUAGCCGCCAUUUACUCCAAGUUACAAAGGAGUAAUUGCACGCUUGCUGAGGGAGCCAUGGAGAAGUGUUCAGUUGUUGAUGAAGACAUAAGUUCAGUUGAUACAUCAAAGUGGAAGAAGGUACGAACAAGUGACUGUGGGAUUAAAAAUUCAAUGGUGCCUGAGUCCUCUUUGAAUGUCUUGAGACUCCUUAGACGUCAAGGUUUUGAUGCAUAUCUUGUGGGGGGAUGUGUGAGGGAUUUGAUACUCCAUAGACCGCCAAAAGACUAUGAUGUGAUCACUACAGCUAAUCUUAAACAGAUCCGGAGGUUGUUUCAUCGUGCUCAGGUUGUUGGGAGACGGUUUCCUAUUUGUCACGUGUGGAUGAAAGGUUCCGUGAUUGAGGUGUCCAGUUUCAAUACCGUGGCACAAAGUGACACUGAGCAUGAAAAUGAUACGCGGGAGUCCAAAGAGGAUAGCAACCUCUUCAAAAUGUAUUCUGGUUGGGAUAGAAAAGACUGCAAUCUCUGGAGGAAUAGCUUGCAACGGGAUUUCACAGUUAACAGUUUGUUCUUUGAUCCCUUUGAACUUAAAAUUUAUGACUACAACAAUGGAAUGGAAGACUUGAAGGAUCUAAAGCUACGUACACUCGUCCCUGCACAUUCAUCUUUCAGUGAAGAUUGUGCUAGAAUUCUCAGGGGGUUAAGACUCUCAGCUCGAUUGGGUCUAUCGCUUUCAAAGGACAUUAAGACUGCAAUUCCUGAAUCUAUAUCUUCCGUUGCGAAUUUGAGCCCGGUUAGAAUAUUUAUGGAAAUGAAUUACAUGCUUGGGUAUGGAGCUGCUGCGCCUUCCAUCCUCCUUCUCAUGAAGUACAAGCUACUUCACGUUUUGCUUCCUUUUCAGGCAGCUUACCUGGAACAAGCUAGUAAAAGAUCUCAACAAAGCUCCUUUAUGCUAAUGAAGUUAUUCUCUAAUAUGGAUAAAUUGGUUUCCUGCAAGCAACCUGCCGACUCCAGACUAUGGAUUGCAUUGUUGGCUUUUCACAUUGCACUAGUGCGUAACCCUCAGGAGGCUAUUGUACUGCACGCUUUUGCCUCCCUUCUCUACCACAGAAACUGGAGCGAAGCUGUCAAAUUUGCUAGAGAAAAUGAAAACUCGGUAGCUGGAUACGUCCCUGAGGUAUCUAAAUCUUCGGGAAAGAUAUCUGAUGAAGAUCUUGCCGAAGCAGUUUCAGAAUUCGCAUCUCUGUUAAGAGAUACUCAGUAUGUUCUCACUGAUAUGGAGUCUCUCCACGAAGCCCUAUACCACUACCCGGCUUUCAAAAGCUCUGGUCUGGUGUUUGUAUCGAAGAACAAGGGGAAACAACUGGCAGAUUUGUUUACGGGAAUGAGUGAUGUGGAAUCAUAUGAAAGCGAGAAACAAGGUUUCUGUAUUGACUAUUGCUCACUUGGGAAGGGAAUUACAUGCGAAGUAGGGUUUGUUCUUGGCAAAAUCAUUCUAGACACCAUCAUCGAACAGCCAACUCCGGUCGAGAAGAAACAGAUGGCCAUAGACCAGAUUGUUCCAUCGGCUUGUAUGGAGGAGAAUAAGGCUGAGUUGAUCGUUUCUAAACCAUCUAGGGAAGAUAAGAACGGUCAAGCUAAAGUCCAUGACUCAAAGGCAUCAUCUGUUUUUAAGGCUCACCAAGAGAUUCUGAAGAGGAUGAGAGAAAACAGUGAGCACAAGAAUGAGCAAGAGUCUGAGAUUUGUCCAGACACGACCUUGUCUGAUCAAGCAAAGAAUCAAGAUCAGUCUGUAGUCCAAAAACCUAAGCGGGCUCGGCUUCACAAAGAAGCACUAGUCCCAGAGGCUCCGAAGCAAAAGACUUCAAAGAGGUCAAAGUCGAAUGAGCAAGAGAGUCUCUCUGGUCCAGCAAAGAAUCAGCAUCAGACUGCUGUAGACCAAAAGAAUGACAAACGUAGCACUGAACCACCAGUAUCUGAUCCGCCUAAGCAAAAGACUUCAAAGAGCCGUUUGAAGGAGACACAGAAAGUGAAACACAGCGACAUCCCUGUGAGGGAGAUUCAAGAUGCAAAAGUCGGCUUCGUCUCUGACAAAUCUAUGAGCGAUAUUCUAAAAGUUCUUGUGAAACCAAGCCAACAAGCCUCAAGCAAAGAGGAGAGCAAUUCGUUACCAUCAUCGGAGAAGACAAAGAAACCGAGAAAACUCUCAAGUCUCUUCAGGUGAAGCUGUACCCCAUACAAAUAUUUGAGGGCUUAAAGCCAAGUCGGAGACCUUCUCCAGAAGGUAUACAUACAGUUGCAGUCUCACUCCGCAAUUUUAACAUGUGUACCAUGUAAGCUUGAACCAAUUUGUGUUUCAUCUUGUUUUUGAUUUUGAUCGCCGUUAGAUGAUAUUUCAUAAUUUGUAAGGAACUAAAUCAUACGGUAAUAUAGAAGAAUAGAUGAUGAUAAAUCGAAUUCUAAAUUAAGGAUGUUUUACUC